GUAAUCUUAGGAUCUCCAUAUAAAAGAGCAUUUUUGUGAUCCAGCAAAGUUGUUUAAAUAGUAAUAUAACCGGAAUCUACCGGUCAAAUCGGGGACUGAGAAAAGUCCAGUUAUGAACACCUUUAAGACAAAAUCAUGAGUGGACGACAGUUUGUGGAUACACUGAUUCAACUUGGCUACCCCAAGGCUGAGAGCCUGGACCCCCAAAGCUUUGAGUGGAUGUUUGAGGGGGAUGGGGUAGCGCCAUUUCUGGACUGGUUUUGUAAUAACGUAGGCAACACCAAUGUACUUCAUCCCAAAGAUAUUCAGGAGUAUGAGAAGCUUAGAGAUUCAGAGGAGGGUAUUUUACAAGGAAGUCAGCUGGAGGAAGCUUUACGAUCUGUCACUGUCGGCGAGGAGGAUAAUCUCACUGAUGACCAGCUCAGAAAGGCCAUUAAUCAGACUGAGCAUGACCUUAGGAUAAAGAAGAAGAGAAAGCAGGUUCUAAUUCAAAAGAGGAAUAAGCUGAGUUUACAUCAGACAAGUCUUAGUCAUCGAUUGUCCAAGGUCAAGAGCACAGAGGCCAAAGUCAAAUCUCAGUUUAAACACUGUAAGGAGCAAUGCCGAACGGACAGCACACAGAUGAAUGCCAAUGUGGAAAACUUGGUCCGGUCUGUUGAGGAUCUUCACAACCUGUACAAGUCUGACAAUGGAAAUAACUCGCCCAAUUUCCUGUCCCAGAUAUCACUUGGUGAAUAUGCAAAUGCAGAGGAGAAAUUUUCACAGGAACUGACAGCUUUCACAAAGAAACAGUUCUUUGAGGGUAUAUCUGAGAUAGCUGGUGAAGAAGAAGAGGUCUCACGAUACCAGAUCUUGGAAAUCAGUGAUCCAGACAGUUUGCUCAUCCGUGGGGAGCGACAAGAAGUCAACCUCAGUGAAUGUAAAGAGCUUGCAAGGAUACAGGAUCUGUAUCCCAAGAGUGAGUCUAAAAGAAUUGAUGCCUUAAUGAAGAACACAGUAGCAAGUCAGUGUCUAAAAUGUGCAGAGAAUUUACUACAUUCAAUCCAAGCUGGACAGUUUGGAACCAACAUACAGGAUAUAAAUAAGCAGUGUCAGGAGAGACAUGAAAAUGUGAGUCAGGUUAAUCGAGACCUUUACAAGCUACGAGAGACUGACAUUCCCUCCCUUAUCAUGGAGAGCACAUCCUCCCAGGUAGCAAGGAUACUGACAGGAGACUACAACCUGAAGCUGAGUCGGCAAGACUACUUUGUAUGCAACCAGGAUCAGGUUAUCAGUGAGCUGGUCAGACAGCGGUCAAGAAAUGAGUUCUUAACAAUGGCAUUUGAGGUGGAGACUCAAGGUCACCGUGACACACAUCGCUUGCUGACAGCCAUCCGACAGCAACUACAGUUACAAUUACACUCUUGGUCUAGUCGAAUGUCAAUGAUGGAGGAACCAUCCCUGAGUGUGUCAAAGUAUGAGCGAGGAACAGUGGACUCCAGAGACAAAUUUACAUCACGGCUUCACCAUAUGUUAGUUGACAAGGGUGAUAAAGGAAGUGAUCAACUGUUCCUAACCUUUAAUGGGCUGGUUGAAGGAGCGCAUCGACUGAAGUGUGAAAGUGAUGCAGCCCAACACACACUGAUGUCUACAGCAGUCCGACAUGAAAACAGACUAGACUUAUUAGAGAGUAAUCUGAUGGCCUGUCUGGAUCUGGUGUAUGCUGGUUCAAGUACCACAAGUGGUCAGCCAACACUGAUACCUAGACAAUUGUUGGACUCUCUAACCACACUCGACAACUUGAUAAAAAGACUGGAAAAGUCCAUCAAAGAUGUGGUCAAGGAAUUGGAGAUUAAGAAACAGACGCUGAGGAAUGAUCCCCUCCUUCAUAGAGAGAGAAAGAUGUUUGCAUACUUCUUCAAUAAUCCAGCCAAUAUGAAACAGCUGUUUGAUGUACUAUCAUCUCAGCUGCAAGCAAGUCGAGUCAACUGAAGGAGUAGAACACUACAAUGAUGUGACAUUGAUCAAGAAAUAGUUUCUUAAACUCUAGACUGAAUCUGAAAGUGCCUUCAAAUGAUCACAAACUUAGAAGUGUUGCUACCUUAUUCAGUAUUUUGAAGGAUGACGGAUGAGAAAUGACAAUGCCAAGAAAUUCCUAAAGUAACCAAUUAUUGACUAUUUAUUCUUUCUUGGUUUUCAACAUCACAGAAAUCAUGUUUAUGAUACAUUCAAUUAACUGUAUUAGAGGACUUGAUGCAUUUAAGCAGUAUUUUUUCACUAUAUUUGUUGUACUUCCAAAGCAUUGAAUUAAGGUGUAAUAAGAUCCAUAAGUUUCUAUUUGUUGUUUUCAUUACAAAUACUUUAUAGAUGGUUUACCAAUCCAUUCAUAUACUAAACUGUUUAAAAUGCUUUGACAUUAAUUGAGCCAAUAUGUUUGCAAGAUACUGUAGAAUAUUAUUGUGAAAUUGUCAUGAAAGCAACAAUACAACAUAUGAAAAACCCAAUCUCUACUGAAUGCAGUGUAAGAGGUGGUCCUGAAAACACUUUACCCCAGUUACUUUGAAUAUUGUGUAAUGGUCCACCUGCAUGUUGUUCAGUGAGGUGGCAACAAGCUACUACAAGAAAACUUACCUCAAAAUGACCAUAGCUCUCUAUGGGCUGAUAAACCCUGCUGAAAAAAUAGUGAUGUUAUUUACGAAAGAUAGAAACAGCUUAGCUUUAGUUUGGUGUUCAAGAAGUCAUCGUCCAGUUAUGGUAUGACCAUUUUGUGAUGACUACAAAUUACCUUAUAAUUUUAUAAUGAACACCAAUUCUACACCAGUUCAUAUCAGGGUAGUCGUCAUUGAAGCUUAAAAGGUUAAUUAUCACAUCUGACUUUUCCUGCAAAUUUACUUAUUUGAUACUUAUUAAUAUGAAUGGGAGUAGUGAAAAUUAAAGAGUUGCUGACAUUCUUUUGUUAAUUCUGUUAUGAUACCAAUGUUCCAUGUAUUUCCUUGAUUGAAUCUUAUCGAAUUAAAGCAAUUGUAUUGGCUGGAAUCGGUUCUCCUGUCAUACCCUUCAGAGAGUUAUGGCCCUUUGAUUCUGAUGUUUGUUGAUGAGCGAGGACUUGGCAUUUCCUGCAUUAAUAUUUUUAAUUAUUAAUGCCUAAGCUGUUGUUAUAAUAUUGUUUCUAAUUCGUAUAAGUAUGUGAUAAAGGAAAUUCCAGAAAAAGGACUCAAAGAAAUUAUUUAAUUGAUUAAAAUGUUGCAAUAAAUUUCCCUACUUUCUAGAGGACUAUAAUACCUGGUAUAUUAAUUGUUGGGUUAUACUUUCAAGAUGAAUUUGUAAUUUAACUACAUUUGUAAUUUUAUUUAAAACUUGCUACAACACUAGAGAUUUUUGUAAAGUGCUUGCUUGUGUUCAUUUAAGUCCUCCAGGUAAAUGCUAAAAAUUGCCUACUGUUCCCCUUGUAUAAUAAGACUUAUAAGAACUUACUCUAGUUGGAGCAUAGGACAGAGAAAUCUCUACCUGAGGAGUAGAUUCUUGUCUUUGCUGAAGGUUAGACUGUCAGGUAUCUCCUCCACUUUUUUCUACCCCUUUUUCCCCCUUAAAAAUAAAUAAGCAAAUAAAUAAACAUGCAACAUUAUAAUGGUAUAAUCAUUAGGCCUGGAUGACAAUUGUUAAUUACAUCAAUGACCCCAGCAUGUCAUAAAAAUGAGGUCAUUAGCAAUUUCAAAAACCUGAAAUGUCACUUCCUGUACGUGCAGACUGUCAUGCAAGAUACCUCUAUCUUACCCUCACUGGAAGUGUAGAUAUUUCUGUUUGGUGGGGUAGGAUAAAGGCAUCAUGUGAUCUCUUUAUCGUCUUUCUUUUCUUAUAGUUGCCACCUUUGUGAAGGAGACUUUUUUCGGGGCAUUUGCCAAGGCUGUGAUAUACUGUGCUGUUUAAAAUGGAAUGCUUGUGAAGAUGUUCAAUUUUCAUGGCUUUAGGUGAUUAAAUAAAAUGGGA